CGCAAUGUGUCCAUUUUCUGUACCGGUGAAUAGUUUAUUUCAUUUCUGCAUCUUUUGUGGUAUUUUUUGGAAGACUUGUGACUCAUAAACAAGGCAUUUUCCAUGCUUUGUUCGUUAGAGUAGUCUCUAAAGGUACAUGAACAUCCGAUGAGAUUAGUUGUAUAAGCUAAUUGGGGUAGCCUGUACAGUGCUAGUAUUGCUGAACAAUUUGGAUAUGUGGAGGGUAAAUAUCAAUCCAGUAGCAACAUAAUAAAAGAAUAGGGCAAGAAGUCAGAUGUCAAUAUGCUCAACGCCGUUAAAGAAGUUAUGAUCUUGCAGCCUUCAGCUUCUCCAGUUCUGUGCAGAGGAUUGUUUCAAAAAGCUAGGCUUCCACAUCGGACUGUAAGCAUCUGUACUGGUUGCCGACUAAAAAGUACAACAACUAAUUCUUCAAGAACAGCUACAUCCACAUACUUCAGUGAGACAAUCUCAUCGGAAAACAUAACGUACACCCAGCACCUAAGCAGUAAGACAAGCCGUGUGAAAAGACAAGAAAGACCAGGUCCCCUGUCUGCAUAUGACAGCUUAAUACAUCAAGGUGAACUCAAUGAUGAUGACCAUCAGAGGACGAUAGUCAAAAGUCUACAAGAUUUAUUUGACAAGAUAUCAGGAUAUCGGCCAACUGAGCCUGGCUUCUUCAACAAGUUAUUGGGAAAAGCUCCAGGUGCUGGACCCAAAGGUUUAUAUCUGCAUGGCAGUGUAGGAUCAGGCAAGACGAUGCUAAUGGACCUAUUCUAUCAAGAUGUAAAAGUCGACCGGAAGAAGAGGGCUCACUUCAACUCCUUCAUGCUAGAUGUUCAUUCCAGAAUUCAUGAAGUGAAGAGACAGAUCCCCAGGAAUCAUGACAGUCACAAGCCUCGUCCCUUUGACCCUAUCUCACCUGUAGCUAAGGAUAUCAGUAGUGAAACAUGGCUACUCUGCUUUGAUGAGUUCCAGGUGACUGAUAUAGCAGAUGCCAUGAUCCUAAAGAGACUGUUUACUGAGUUGUUUGACAAUGGAGUUGUUGUUGUGGCAACAUCUAACAGAGAGCCGGAUGACUUGUACAAGAACGGACUUCAACGCAGUAAUUUUGUUCCUUUUAUUGAAAUAUUAAAGCGUCAUUGUAAUAAGCUUCAACUAGACUCUGGCAUUGAUUAUAGAAAAUUAGAUGCUAUUGAAAGAGGCCAAGUAUUCUUUGUGAAGAGUAAGUGCAAUGCUGAUGAAGAAAUGGAGAGAAUAUUUGACAGCUUGGCCCAGAAAGAGGAUGCUGUUAUACAUAGUAGAACCAUCCAUCUUAUGGGCAGGGAAUUGAAAAUACCGAUAGCAUGUGGAAGAAUUGCAAGCUUUUCAUUCUCUGAUCUAUGUGAAAAGCCGUUGGGGGCAGGUGACUACCUGGCUAUUGGGCGUGAGUUUGAUACAGUCUUUAUACGAGACAUCCCCCAGAUGUCUCUCACCAUGAAGACGGCUGCUAGACGAUUCAUCACAUUGGUUGACAACUUCUACGAUAACAAGGUGAGACUUGUGUGUUCGUCUGAUGCAGAACCAGAGCAACUAUUUGCAACAAGUAAAUUGACCCAAAGAGAUAUUGAUGAUCGUAGGAUGCUCAUGGAUGACCUCAAUAUAAGUAUGGAUGUGAGUAGUUCAUCAGCAAGUAUAUUUACUGGUGAGGAAGAACUCUUUGCCUUUGAGAGAACAAUUUCAAGAUUGACUGAGAUGCAAAGUGAGGAAUAUUGGAAGAGUAACAUGGAGACAGACCAAGCUGUGAGGAAGGAAGAGUUAUGAUAACACCUGUAAAUUCUCCCCAAUUUUUAUUUGUCCCUGAAAUGUGUUGUAGCAUUUUUAUGAUCACUAAUAUUGAUAACUUCCCCAAGGCAUUGUAUGAGUUAUCCCCUCUUCAUUCUCUUGUUUGACUGAACGAUUUAAAGUAAUUGAAACUAUUUGAUUAAUUUAUAUGGCUGACAGAAGUUGGAAAGUACACACCUCUUAAUCUAUAAUGCUACAGUAAAGUGAACCAGAUCUACAAUGCGAGUAUUGUGUUACAAUGGUCCACCGCACCCUAGCUUAUACCAAACUGUCUAUAAACUCGUUUUCCCCAUCAGUUACAAUUACCAUUUAGUAUGGAUGCGUUGAAAAGGUGUUUCCAUUUAAAGGAACACGUUGCCUUGGAUCGGUCGAGUUGGUCUUUGAAAAGCAUUUGUAACCGAUUGUUAUA